CUGCGGCUGCAGGCCCGGUACGCCCGCCCGCCGCUCCGCAGGGCGCCGCGGCACCAUGCCUCCACAAGGGGCGGCGGGGGCUCAGGAGCUGGUGUUCUAUGUGAACGGGAGGAAGAUAAUAGAGAAAAAUGCUGAUCCAGAACAAAUGCUUUUGUCUUACCUGCGGAAGAGACUCCGUCUCACAGGAACUAAGUAUGGCUGUGGAGGAGGUGGCUGUGGUGCCUGCACAGUGAUGAUAUCAACUUAUGAGCCAGCUUUGAAGAAGAUACGACAUUAUUCAGCAAAUGCAUGUUUGGUUUCCAUUUGCUCCUUGUAUGGUGCAGCAGUGACCACAGUGGAAGGAAUUGGAAGUACAAAAACCAGGAUCCAUCCUGUUCAGGAAAGGCUUGCCAAGUGCCAUGGCUCCCAGUGUGGUUUCUGCACCCCUGGAAUGGUGAUGUCCAUAUACACUUUGCUAAGAAACCACCCAGAACCAGCUUCAGACCAGAUGAUUGCAGCUCUGGCUGGGAACUUAUGCCGCUGUACUGGAUACAGGCCAAUCCUAGAUGCCUGUAAAACCUUCUGUAAGGAAUCCAUUUGUUGUCAAAGGGAAGCAAAUGGAAAGUGUUGCUUGGAUCAGGAAGAUGAUUUAUCUGGCAAGGAAAAGAAGGUUUUCACCAGAUUAUUUUCAACAGAUGAAUUCCAGCCCUUAGAUCCCACCCAGGAGCUUAUAUUUCCUCCAGAACUAAUGAGAAUGGCUGAAAGUCAACCAAAAACAACUCUGUUUUUUCGUGGGGAGCGAAUGACGUGGAUUUCUCCUGUAACCUUAGAUGAAUUACUGGAUCUAAAAGCUGCUCAUCCCAAAGCACCUCUUGUGGUUGGGAACACCAGUGUGGGACCUGAGAUGAAGUUCAAAGGCACGUUUCACCCAGUUGUUAUUGCUCCUGCAAGGAUCCCAGAUCUCAGCGUGGUGAAAUAUACAGAUGACGGAUUGACUCUGGGAGCUGCCUGCAGCCUCUCUCUAGUGAAAGACAUCUUGACAAGAGCAGUCUCAGAAUUCCCUGAAGAGAAGACAAAGGUUUUCUGUGCCCUCUUGCAGCAAUUAAGAACUCUGGGUGGAGAACAGAUAAGAAAUGUUGCUUCAUUAGGUGGAAACAUUGUAAGUAGAAAAUCAACCUCUGACUUGAAUCCUGUUCUGGCAGCCAGUAACUGUGUGCUCCAUCUGGCUUCAAGAGGAAGAAAGCGACAGAUCCCUCUGAGUGAUAUUUUUGUAGAUGGUGUUGGUAACAAUACCAUUUCACCAGAAGAGAUCUUAGUCUCUGUCCAUAUUCCCCAUUCUAGAAAGGGGGAGUAUGUCUCUGCAUUUCGACAAACACCGAGACGGGAAAAUGCUCUUCCAAUAAUUAAUGCUGGGAUGAGAGUCCUUUUUGAAGAAGAUACAGAUAUAAUAAAGGAUUUAAGCAUUUUCUAUGGAGGCGCUAUCUCAACUACAAUCUGUGCAAAACAAACCUGUCAGACACUUAUUGGAAGACACUGGAAUGAACAAAUGUUGGAUGAAGCUUACAGAUUAAUUCUUACAGAAAUUCUUCCUCCAGAAUCAGUCAGCAGUGAAAAAGACUAUAAGAAGACUUUGAUAGUCAGUUUCUUCUACAUAUUUUUCCUGGAAGUAUUGCAGUCAUUGAACACAAUGGAUCCUUGCCAGUAUCCUGGCAUACCUCUGGAAUAUAGGAGUGUUCUUCAAGAUUUCAAAACAAAAAUGCCCCAAAGUAUCCAAAUAUACCAGGACGUAGAUCCGGGUCAGUGUCCCCAGGAUCCUAUAGGACGGCCCAUUAUGCACCAGUCUGGAAUUAAGCAUGCAACUGGUGAAGCAGUUUACAUCGAUGACCUUCCUUCUGUGGAGGAGGAGCUCUUCCUCGCUGUUGUCACUAGUUCCAGAGCUCAUGCUAAGAUUGUAUCUAUAGAUACCUCAGAAGCUCUAAAAGAACCAGGUGUGUUUGAUAUCGUAACAGUUCAUGAUGUACCAGCUACAAAUGAGUUUUACUACUCUGAUGAUCCAGAGAUUGUAUUUGCAAGAAAUGAGGUGAUCUGUGUGGGUCAGAUAGUCUGUGCUGUGGUUGCGAAUUCCGAUGUUCAUGCCAAACAAGCAGCUGCAAAAGUGAAGAUAGAGUAUGAAGUGCUGGAACCAGUGAUCUUAACAAUUGAGGAUGCUAUAAAGCACAACUCAUUCUUUGAGCCCAAAAGAAAAUUGGAAAUAGGAAACGUUGAUCAGGCAUUUGAAACUGCGGAUAAUAUAAUUGAAGGGGAGAUUCACAUUGGGGGACAGGAACACUUUUACAUGGAGACUCAGAGUGUGCUAGCUGUUCCAAAAGGAGAAGAUAAAGAAAUGGAUGUGUAUGUGUCAACACAGCAUCCAGCAUUUAUUCAGGAGAUGGUAGCUGCAAGUUUAGGUGUUCCAGCCAACAGGAUCAUGUGCCAUGUUAAACGAGUUGGUGGAGCAUUUGGAGGGAAACUCCUGAAAACAGGCUUACUGGCAUCAGUUGCUGCAGUGGCAGCAAACAAAACCAACAGAGCAGUCCGUCUUAUUCUGAGCCGAGGGGAUGAUAUGUUAAUCACUGGUGGCCGACAUCCUUUUAUUGGAAAAUAUAAAGUUGGCUUCAUGAACGACGGUAGGAUCAGAGCUGUGGAUACCAAAUAUUACAUUAAUGGAGGAUGCACCCCUGAUGAAUCUGUCCUGGUAGCAAAAGUAUCCCUAUUGAAAAUGGACAAUGCAUACAAGAUUCCCAACUUAAGAUGCUGGACUUAUGUUUGCAAGACAAACUUGCCGUCAAACACAGCAUUCCGAGGGUUUGGCUUCCCCCAGUCAGCACUGGUGACAGAAACUUGGAUAACGGCAGUUGCAGAUAAAGCCGGUUUAUCACCAGAAAAGAUCAGGGAAAUAAAUAUGUAUAAAGAGAACGAGGAGACACACUUCAAACAAAAGCUUGAACCACAAAAUUUAAUAAGAUGUUGGAAUGAAUGUAUGAAGAAGUCUGCAUUCUACAAUAGGAAAAGAGCUGUCAUUGAAUUUAACAAAGAAAAUUACUGGAAGAAAAAAGGAAUUGCCAUUGUACCAAUGAAGUUUCCAUUUGGACUAGGCACACGUUAUCUUUCUCAGGCUGCUGCUCUGGUUCAUAUUUAUACUGAUGGAUCUGUGCUUCUGACACAUGGUGGAGUUGAAAUGGGGCAAGGUAUUCAUACAAAAAUGAUCCAGGUUGCUAGUCGGGAACUGAACAUCCCCAUGUCAUGUAUUCACUUCUGUGAAACGAGCACAACAACUAUUCCCAAUGCAUGUGCCUCAGCAGGAUCUGCAGGGACAGAUGUCAAUGGCAUGGCUGUGAAGGAUGCUUGCCAAACUCUUCUUAAACGCCUGCAGCCUAUCAUGAACAGGAACCCAAAGGGGACCUGGAAUGAUUGGAUUAAAGAAGCUUUUGAACAGAGUAUAAGUCUUUCAGCUACUGGCUACUUCAGAGGCUACAAUGAAAACAUGGAUUGGGAGAAAGGGGAAGGAAAGCCAUUCACAUAUUUUAUUUUUGGAGCUGCUUGUUCAGAGGUUGAAAUUAACUGUCUAACAGGAGAUCACAAGAACCUCAGAACAGACAUUGUUAUGGACAUUGGAUGCAGCAUAAAUCCAGCUGUGGAUAUAGGACAGAUUGAAGGUGCCUUUGUUCAAGGUGUUGGGCUGUACACAAUGGAGGAAUUAAAGUACUCUCCAGAAGGAGUACUCUGGACUCGAGGUCCAAAUCAGUAUAAGAUCCCUGCUGUCUGUGAUAUUCCAGAACACUUUAGUGUUUCCCUGCUGUCAUCUUCCCAAAAUCCUUAUGCCAUCUAUGCAUCCAAGGGGAUAGGUGAGGCAGGACUUUUCCUGGGAUGCUCUGUGUUCUUCGCUUUGAGAGAUGCAAUAACUAGUGUGAGGAAUGAAAGAGGACUGAAAAAGACCUUUGCACUGAAUAGCCCUCUGACUGCAGAACAAAUACGGGCAAGCUGCGCAGAUGACUUCACUGAGAUGAUGGCAAGUGGUGAAUCUGCUUCCUCCACUCCUCGGGUCAUAUCUGUCUGAAUGAUAAACCAAAGUGCACAAGACUGGAAUGGAAUAGAAAACUGAUUCACUGCUCCAAUACAUGCUAAUCAAUACACAAAUAAAUACAUUUUCUCAUUUUCAGAAGAGGACCAGCUACGAAAAACAUGCACAUUACAUCUUCUGUCUUGAUCUUUAUUCUCUAUCCAGUAUAUUCAUUACAGUACUUUGAUUAAAUUAUUGCAUUUAGUUGCAAGAAAUACAUCUGCGUUUGCAUCAUUUCUGUUCAAAAUUAGGAUGAAGUGUAAAGGUAUGUUAGGUAAUUUACUGACACAUCUUAAACUUGACAACUUCAUAUGGUAGGUGGGUUUUUUUUAAUGGCUUCAGCUCAUUUUCUAAUUUAGAUUUGAGUCUUGCAGUGGAGUGAGAGUGCGGAGAUCAUUGUUGAAGAAUCAGAACCUCAUUUGUUGCAUUCAAUCUCUUUUUCUUCAGAAGUGAUGCUCUGAUUUGUAGCAAAGCUGUUUUAGAUUAUUUUGGUACAGAUGUCUUUGUGUUAAAAACAUGCAAAAAACCAAGAGCUUUAUUGUUUGGUUUGGUUUGGUUUGGUUUGGUUUGGUUUCUAUGUCAGGCAUGAACAUGCUAUGGCUGAUCUGUAUAUAUAGAAGAUGAAUUUUAUCCCAAAAGUUAGAAGAGUCACUUAGUUGUAAUUUCCACUGGAAGCUCUAUGUAUCUCAUAGAUACAAAAGUCUCUGAACUUAAUGGGAAAACUCAAUAGUGUUUAAUGUGCUUUGAAUAGGAGACUGGAUGAACCUGUCUCUGGAAAAAAUUCUUCAACAGUGCUUAACACUGUGCUCAGGAUUGUGUUGAGCUAUGGAAGUAUAGUUAAGAACAUUCUCACACGCUUGGCCACUCCUGGGUAAAGAAGAUAGAAUAAAAAAAACGUAGUGAGAUGAAAAGAUGAUCUGCAAAGAUCAGUCAUGUGAUGCUGCCGAGGAUGCAGUGGGAUUAGAUUUUCUGGAGAAAAUGGGAAAAUGGAAGCAGCACUGGUAACAGAAAUUCUAGUGUUACUAGAUUUGAAGUAUAGAUAUAUUUUUAACCUAGGGUGAGACCAGAAAUUACAAAGAAUAUAUCAAAGUUAUUAGUAGAGCUUCAGCCACAAUACUCAGAUUGCAAUGUCAGAAUCCACAAUAUUGAACUGACUGAGAUCUUCAGCCUUUCCUCCCCUUGAAGUGUGAAGCUCAGAUUUCCAUUCUGAAUGCACAUCCACACAAAUACACAAAUCUCCAUAGUAUUUGAAUUUGAUGUUGGAUAUAUCCCAACACAGAGAAAACACUUCUUUUUUUUUAGUUUGUCUACAGCACCUGAAAAAUUGCAGCAGGUUCUUUGCUAAGAAAGUAGAGCUGGGAAAAUAGGUAGUUUGUAUGUUUCAUGUGUGAUUUCAGUUAUUCUUUGCUGAGCAAGGUGAAUGUUCUUACAGUUACUCAUAGGUCAGAUUGCUCCAGAGCCAUGAAGAUUGCCAUUUGUAAUGAAAAAAAAUGGCUUUAAUUUGUUUGAUGUGUCAGCCUGCAGACUCAGAUUAUUUCACUGCUCAGUUUCCUACAGAUUAUCUUCUUGUCUUCCAUCCCUUUUAUGAGUUGAUACUAUGUCUGUGACAAAAAUCAGAUUAGUAGGUUAAACUGUUUUUGCACUGGCUAGUAAGAGAUGAAAUCUUUAUUGUUUCAAUUUAUCUCUCUGUAACUGCGACAAAGUAGGUGAAAUUCAGCUGCUUAAACAUUAGAGUCUAGACCAUAUUAGAUGUCAUACGACAGCAGAGACAUAGAAGAGCACAAGACUAGAAGACCCAACAUAGCAACUGGAGGCCAAGCUGAUUAUAGCAAAUCAUCUGAAGUAGCACUAGAAGUGUGGUUCAGGCAGCUGAAGCCCCAUUGGCUUUGACUUUUUUGUCUUCACUUUCUUUGUAUUACUUCACCUGUUACAUAUUGUGAGAAUCAAUAAAUCAAA